CGCGAGGGGGCGUGCGGGGUCCCGGGCCCCGGCCGCCGCAGCCCCCGCGUGCCCUAGUGCACACCUGUCACGCCCGGCGCGUCCCCGGCUCACACGCGCGCGGCCCACGCAGCUCCGGACGCGGGAGGCCCAGGCUGCGGAGUUCCUACCGCCUCGCGGCGCCGAGGGGCGGUGCGCCUAGGCAGCCGCGUGGGUGGCCGUGGUCGUGGCAGGCGGCUGUGCGCGGGGGUCGCAGACAUGUUGCUGCUCAAGAAACAGACGGAGGACAUCAGCAGUGUCUAUGAGAUCCGGGAGAAGCUGGGCUCGGGUGCCUUCUCCGAGGUGGUGCUGGCCCAGGAGCGGGGUUCCUCACACCUUGUUGCCCUCAAGUGCAUCCCCAAGAAGGCCCUUCGAGGCAAGGAGGCCCUGGUGGAGAAUGAAAUUGCAGUGCUCCGCAGGGUCAGCCACCCCAACAUCGUGGCUCUGGAGGACGUACACGAGAGCCCUUCCCACCUCUACCUGGCGAUGGAGCUGGUGACAGGGGGUGAGCUGUUUGACCGCAUCAUGGAGCGUGGCUCCUACACAGAGAAGGACGCCAGCCACCUGGUCGGCCAGGUCCUUGGUGCUGUCUCUUACCUGCACAGCUUGGGCAUCGUGCACCGAGACCUCAAGCCUGAAAAUCUCCUAUAUGCCACGCCAUUCGAGGACUCCAAGAUCAUGGUCUCCGACUUUGGCCUCUCCAAAAUCCAGGCUGGCAACAUGCUGGGCACUGCCUGUGGGACCCCAGGUUAUGUGGCCCCGGAGCUCUUGGAACAGAAACCCUACGGGAAGGCUGUAGAUGUGUGGGCCCUGGGUGUCAUCUCCUACAUCCUGCUGUGUGGGUACCCCCCCUUCUACGACGAGAGCGACCCCGAACUCUUCAGCCAGAUCCUGAGGGCCAGCUACGAGUUUGACUCUCCCUUUUGGGAUGACAUCUCAGAAUCAGCCAAAGACUUCAUCCGGCAUCUUCUGGAGCGAGACCCCCAGAAGAGGUUCACCUGCCAGCAGGCCUUACAGCAUCUUUGGAUCUCUGGCGAUGCAGCCUUUGAUAAGGACAUCCUGGGCUCCGUCAGUGAGCAGAUCCAGAAGAAUUUUGCCCGGACCCACUGGAAGCGAGCAUUCAAUGCCACCUCCUUCCUGCGCCACAUCCGAAAGCUGGGGCAGAACCCAGAGGGUGAGGAGGCCUCAGAGCGGAAAAUGGCCCGCCACAGCCACCCGGGCCUCCGGGCUGGCCAACCCCCCAAGUGGUGAUGCCCAGCAGCCCUACUUGGGGCCUUGUCAUCUGCUGUCCUGCCACCUCAGACGUCUUCACCGGUGUCCUUUUGCUGGCUCUCUUUCCCCUCUCUUCAGUUAUUCACACUGGACCCCGCGCCACCGACUCAUUCUUGUUUUGUCUGUCAAAUAUUGACUGGGCUUCUGCUCUGUGCUGGGUGCUGGGCCCACCACUUGGGUGAUAGGAAUUGCCUGCACGGGGAAAGCAGCAUGCUGGCUGCUCAGCAUGCCCCGAGCAGGAGCGUCUGAGCCAGCCCUUCCAGAAGGAGUCACACUAGUUCAGAGAGGGCCCACUCUUCCAGCCCAGGCCUGCGACCAGAUCAUCACUGCAGAAUUGGGGCCUCAGCUCCCGCUGCCCUGACACAGGGUGCAGUUUGGCUUCUGGCCAGAAGGCGGCACCAUGGUCACAUCCACUGGCCACCCUUGUUCCUUCAGCACCCGGGGCAGCUGCCCCAAAGCAUUCCUCUCCUCCACCGCUGCCCCCUGCCCGAAAUCCUGCUCCAGGAAAGUCCUCCCUUGGGAGAGAGGUCCUGCCUUACCCACCUGGGAGCAGGGAGAGAGCGGGACCCCCAGGUCAGGUAGAGGCAGCACACUUCCUUCAUCCCUCUGAGCCCUUCUCAUUUGAGGGGGCAGUGGGUACCAGGAAAGCUUUGGCUCAGCUAGGCUGUGGGAUGCAGCGUGGGAGAGAGAAAGAACUGGUUUAUCCAAAGGCAAGAGAUGCGGGGAUGGAGAGGGAGCUGGGGGUGGGUGCCAUGAGAGCACUUCCUGCUCAGGGAACAACACCCUGAGCAGGUGCUCAGACUGGAUGCUGGAGUGACCAGAGCCUGGCAGGGUAAGAGACCGGUCUUAGUCUCCGGGCAGGGGCGAGCUGCUGGAGGGGUUGCAGUGGAGAGUGCCCCUAUUCAGUUCUGGGCAGGUGCUGAGCCGGGGAGGCUGGAAAACUCAGGCGCUGUGGCUUAGGAGCAGAGUCCAGCAGGCUGGCCUUCUUGGGCAUAGGGGACCGGAACUGAGAAGGGAGUCUCGUGGGUGUCCCAAGAGGAAGUUAUGUCCCUCGUUCUGGGCCACACAGGGUUGGGCAUACACUGUCUUAAAGCAAACCUGUGGGUGGCAUGUGCUCCCAGGAUACUCAGCCGGGGGAGGGGGGUGGUCACACUAGGGUGGGGAAUGAAGGAAAGGGGGCCUGGGGUGGCCCAUGCAUUUCUGGGUGGACUGUGGAACCAUUCGCCAAGAGGGGUUCACCUGGUGUGGGUUUGGGGCAGAGACCAUGGGAUUGGUUUUGGACAUAGCAAGUUGGAGGUGCCUGAAGGGGAAAUGAAGCAAAAGAGACUUCUUUCUCGCCCUCAUCUCUGCAAAUAUGGAUUCUUCUAGCUUUGCAGCUGACCCCAAGGAUUAGCUCACUGGGAGCUCUUAUUGAGGACUCACUGUGUCAGGUCCUGUUCUGGAGAACUUUGCAGGUAUUCACUCAAACCUCAGCUGGGAGGGGGCCACUCUCAUUAUCAUUGACCCCAUUUUACAGCUGGGGAAACUGAGGCAUAGAGAAGCCAUUAACUGAGCCAAGGCCACAUGGCCUUGUGCUCUGCCCUGUUGCCAGUGAGGAUUGUGUGGGGACUUGAGGAAAAGAUGGGCGACUUCUCCAGCUAGGCUGGAGGAACUGCUCUGGAUUUGUCACCUUUAACGUUGUGCCUCGGUUUCAUUUAAUGAAACUCUGCGACGUGAGAAUCUGGGAGGGUUCUUCCACAGUGGCCGAGGUGGGGUGUGGUAUCUGGGCCCUAGAAAAGACCCCUGUGGAGUUCAGUGUAAGGGAUUCAUGUGUGCGGGUGAUGUAGGGGGCAAGACAAGAUAUUUAGAAAGCCUGUGCCGAGGCAGCUGCAGGGGGGCUGGAAAGAUGGAGAUAAGUCAUGGUGGGCUGAAUGAAUGGUGGGGAGAGAGUGUGAGGGAGUCGAGGACGCCACCCCACACCGCCCUAGAACUCAGGACAGAUGAAAGGGCCAAACCAGGAUCCCUGUCUCGACUCUAAGCCAGUUCCGUCCUGCUACCUCCUUGGUGGGCACAUGGCAACCAUGUUGUCUGCCCAACACCAGCUCCAUCCAGGCACCGUUGUCUCCAUGGUAGUCUUCUUGGGGGGAGUGUUUGGGAAAUAACAAACAGCCCAGUUUCGUUGAUUGAGGCUGGUUGUGAGAAGUGGCUAGAGAUCAGCCUGGAAAGUGAGCUUUCUCGAGAGGGCACUGGGGAGCCACUGAGGGUUAUAGGCAGCACAGUUUCAAGAUCGGGUUUUUGUCUUAAGAGAGUUUGUCAGUAUUUUUCAACCCUAUCUGUACCCUUUUGAUAAAUAUAAAAACCUCAUCUCCAGAUUCCCCUUCUCAGGCCCCACGGAGAGUUUGGGAGUUCCCCUCACACCAGGGGACCAAGCCUGCCUCCCGUAAUGAUCCAAGUAGAGGCCCGGUUGCUUUUCUCAGUUUAUCCUCGUAAUUCUUUCAACGGUUGCUUUAUAUGUUUUCAGGUUAGGUUAUUAGGUGCACAUGAGCUUAGAAUGGCCCUGUAGUUCAGGCAAGUUAAGUGUUUGAUUAAACUGUAGUGACAUGUGUUAGUACUGACAAUGCUUUUGCCUUAUUGUCUACUUUUCUGAUAGUAACAUGGGAACUAUAACUUUCUUUUGGUUGAUAUUUGCCUGGUAUAUCUCGUUCAAUCCUUUUCCUUUCAAACUUCAAAUUUGUCUUUUGUUGAGAUAUAAUUUGCAUUACAUAAA